CAAGGGACUCACAGUUGCAGGGGAGUGCCUCCUGAGAAUGCUCAGAUCCUUCUGUUGCAUGCCUUUGGCCCUCCCCCAGCGGAUGAGAGGGACCUUCAGCCUUUCAUCUGCUGAUCUAUAUAAUUGGAAAACUAACUACCCUCCUUUUUCUGAGGACCCCACCAGACUAACUUCUUUGGUGGAGUCUUUUAUGUUUUCUCACCAGCUCACUUGGGAUGACUGUCAACAGCUCUUGCAGACCCUCUUUACAACAGAAGAAUGAGAGCGGAUCCUAGUGGAGGCUCGAAAGCAUGUUCCAGGAGCUGAUGGGCGGCCCUCUAUCUUACAAAACAUCAUAGAUGCUGGGUUCCCUUUAGAGUGUCCCAAUUGGGAUUAUAAUUCCCCUGAAGGGAGAGAAAGGCUGUGUGUCUACCAUCAGCUCGUGACAGGUCUCAAAGGGGCAGCAAGGAAGCCCACCAAUUUGGCUAAGGUAAGAGAGGUGGUCCAGGGGCCAACUGAGUCCCCGUCUGUGUUUCUGAAACGACUUAUGGAAGCCUAUCGUAGGUAUACCCCUUUUGACCCUGCUUCUGAGGGGCAACAGGCGGUGGUUGCCAUGUUGUUCAUGGGAGAGGCAGCCCUGGACAUUAAGCGUAAGCUGCAGGGGCUAGAAGGAUUGCAGAAUAUGACUCUGAAAGAUUUAGUGAGGGAAGCAGAAAAAGUAAUAAGAGGGAAAAGAGGCAGAACCAGAACUUAACACGGAUCUUGGCUGCAGUAGUAGGAAAAAGUCCUCAUGUAGAACCCAGGGAGAAGACAGGGCAGAUAGGGCACCUGGCCAACACUCGUUGCAGACCUCUUGACAAAGAUCAAUGUGCAUAUUGCAGAGGAAAGGGACACUGGGCCCGAGAUGUCCUAAGAAAAAAGAGCAGGCCACGCCAUGAGUCCUAGCCCUUGGAGAAGAAGAUUAGAGGAGACAGGGCUCAGAGCCUCUCCCCAAGCCUAGGGUAACUUUAACCAUGGAGAGGAAGCCUGUAGAUUUUUUAGUAGAUACCGGAGCUCAACAUUCUGUACUAUUACAGCCUAUGGGAAAGACAAAAAAAGAAAAAACUUGGGUAAUGGGUGCAACUGGACAUCAACAAUAUUCUUGGACUACUAAAAGAGUAGUAGAUUUGGGAUGAGGAGAAGUGAUUCACUCGUUUUUGGUGAUUCCAAAAUGCCCCACCCCCCUUCUUGGAAGGGACCUGCUGACAAAAAUGGGUGCUCAGAUCUUCUUCACCCCUCAGGAGCCUGAGAUAAUAUCAGAAAGAUCAAAACCAGGCACUAUGGUUUUGACUCUCUCACUGGCCAAGACUGCAGGCUUGGGACUGUCAACUCAGGUGCCCCCAGUGGUAAUAGAUCUUAAGGCUACUGCCAUCCCCCAUUCAGUGAGACAGUAUCCCCUGAGCAGGGAAGCCAGGGAAGGGAUCCGUCCCCACAUCAACUGCCUUCUCCAACUAGGGGUUUUGCGCCCCUGCCGGUCUACCUAGAACACGCCCCUACCAGUCCAGGAUCUAAGAGAAGUAAAUAAAAGAGUCCAAGAUAUUCACCCCACCUUGCCCAACCCUUAUAACCUACUAGAUAAAGGAAAUGGAGUGGCACAGGGAGUGCUCACGCAGACCCUCGGGCCAUGAAAGACUGGUAGCCUAUUUAUCAAAAAAGCUGGACACUGUGGCUAGCGGAUGGCCUUCCUCUCUUAAGGCAGUGGCAGCUGUAGCAGUGCUGGUAAAAGAUGCUGACAAGCUGUCUAUGGGUCAGAAAUUGACUGUGUACGGUUCCCACACGUUAGAGAGUAUCAUAUGCCAGCCUCCAGACCAAUGGCUCUCUAACGCCUGCAUGACCCACUAUCAGAGCUUGCUACUAAAUGAAAAGGUGACCUUUGUAGCCCCCACUGUCCUUAACCCAGCCACCCUGCUUCCUGAAACCACUGGAGAGACCGUCCUUCAUUCCUGCCAAGAUAUCCUGGCUGAAGAGAUGAGGACAUGUGGAGACCUGCAGGACCAGCCGUGGCCAGGGGCUAUGGACUGGUACACAGAUGGCAGAAGCUACAUGAUUGAAGGUAAGAGGAUGGCAGGGGCAGUGGUUGUAGAUGAUGAAAAAGUCAUCUGGGCCAGCAGCCUGCCAGAGGGAUCCUCGGCUCAGCGAGCAGAGUUAAUAGCUCUGACUCAAGCUUUGUGGCUGGCGGAGGGACAAAAGGUCAACAUCUACACCAACAGCAGGUAUGCUUUUGCCACGGCCCACGUCCAUGGUGCUAUCUACAAAGAGGGCUGCUCACCUCUGCUGGGAAAGAUAUUAAAAACAGAGCUGAAAUCUUAGCCCUCCUAGAAGCCAUCCAUCUGCCAGACAAAGUGGCUAUUAUGCACUGCCCAGGUCACCAAUGACCGGGUGGCUAGAGAGAACCAAUGGACGGACACUGAGGCCAAAAGAGCAGCCCAAGGACUAAGUAUUCUGAUGAAGAUAGCCGAUCCAAAUACUGGGAGACCUGGCCCCUUUGAAUACACUCCUGAGGAUCACAAGAAAAUGCUAGAUGCAGGAUAUAAGGCACAAUCACCAUAUGGAAUGAGAGAGACUGGAACUGGAAAAUAUAUUUUACCUCAGCUGGAAGCUGAAAGAUAUCUUGAUCAGCUACACCAUUUAACUCAUCUAGGAUCUAAAAAGAUGCAAGAACUGUGUUUAUAGAUACCUUCUCUGGAUGGACUGAGGCUUUCCCUUGUAAAAAAACCACUCAAGUAGUGGCCAAGAAGAUAAUAGAAGAAAAUUUUCCACGAUUUGGUCUUCCUAAGGUAAUCAGGUCUGACAAUGGACCUGCUUUUGUUGCCCAGGUAAGUCAGGGACUGGCCAAGAUCCUUGGGGUGAAAUAGAAAUUACAUUGUGCUUACAGACCCCAAAGUUCAGGGCAAGUAGAGAGAAUGAAUAGAACCAUAAAAGAGACCUUGACCAAAUUGUCAAUUGAGACUGGCAUAACAGAUUGGACAGUCCUUCUUCGCUAUGCCCUUUUUUGAGCUAGAAAUACUCCGGGGAGAUUUCGGCUCACACCCUUUGAACUUCUAUAUCGCAGCCUCCCCC